AACACGUCUACCUCCAAAAAUGUUCUAACCAUAAAUUACGAUAUGAAGCAACAAACUGUGAUUGGUUUUGGUGGAGCCUUCACCGAUUCCACCGGCAUCAAUAUAAAGUCGUUGCCACAAAAGACACAAACCCAUCUAUUGGACAGUAUUUUCAGUGAAAAGGGGGCCCAAUACAGUAUUUGCAGGGUACCAAUAGGUGGUACAGACUUCUCUACUAGAGGUUACACCUAUGACGAUGAACACGAAGAUGACAUCGAUUUGCAAUACUUUGCCUUGCAACCAGAGGACUACAAAUACAAAAUUCCGUAUAUUCAAAAAGCACUACAAUUAACCAACAAUUCUUUAAAACUGUUUGGAUCUCCUUGGAACGCACCCCUGUGGAUGAAAACGAAUAAUAAGUUUUCUGGAGUUGGAUUUCUUAAAGAUCAGUAUUAUCAAGUUUGGGCCAAUUAUUUUUUGAAGUUUUUUGAAUCAUACGCCAAAGAAGGAAUACAAUUCUGGGGCGUUACAACACAAAAUGAGCCUUUUGAUGGGUUUAUUCCAAAUUUCCUUAGUAAAGUCAAUGCUAUGGGAUUUACUGUGAGACAAACGAACAAAUGGGUCGGCCAACACUUGGGCCCAACUAUAAGAAACUCCAAUUUCAGCAAUUUGAAGAUUAUGUUAUUUGACGACAACAGACAGACUUUAAUCAGUUUUCCUUUGACACUUAAUAAUGACGAAGUACUUAAAUAUGCUGACGGAGUGGCCAUUCACUGGUACGCAGAUUUUGUGUUGCCUGAUUCAUUAUUGAAGAACACUAGGACGGAUAAAAAAGAUUUAUUUUUAAUAAACACUGAAGCUUGUAACGGAUAUCUAUCCAGCACAGGUAUUGAGAAAGCAGUGGAUUUAGGUAGUUGGUCGAGAGCUGAAAUAUAUUUAAAUAGCAUUUUUAAUGAUUUUCAAUAUGGAGCUGGAGGAUGGUUAGAUUGGAACAUUGUACUUAACGAACAAGGUGGACCCACAUACGUUUCGAAUUUUGUAGACGCUUCCAUCAUUGUCAAAAAUUCUACUGGAGAAUUUUUUAAGCAACCAAUGCAUUAUAUUAUGGCUCAUUUUUCCGAAUACAUCAUUCUUGAUUCUGUGAAAAUUCACACUACAAAAUUGAAGAAUCUAAGGACAAUGGCGUUUUUAAGGCCUGAUAAUUUAACGGCAGUUAUUAUUUAUAAUCCGGACAGUUCAGAUACGAAUGUUCAGAUUGAUACUAAAUAUGGUUCCAUCGUAAUUGACGUGGAAGCUCAUUCUUUAAACACCGUUCUUUUUUAAUACUAAUAUGGUGUGCAUGUUUUCACGUAACAUAAAAAUUG